AUGGGCCGCCAUGUGCUGGGUGUUUAUGGGUCUCCAGCCAGGGGAGAGUGCGGGCGGCUGCAUGCCGUCUAUCUGGCCAAGCACAGAUUUGCUCCUGCUAUGGUAGACUUAUUGCUCGAUAAUGGCAGGAGUAGUUUGCAUCUCGGCAGUGUAAUUUUCGAAAUCUGGAAGCUUGUGAAGGAUCGGUUGGCAUUGCCUCUUAUAAUAGACCUCAGAGAGAGGGCUAAUUUACCGCUCCCAUCCUAUCUCAUGUCCCUUCUGACAGAGCUGAAGCUUCAGACUCUGGAGCUUCUUGACGUACACGACGUUCUACAAAUGGCUUUUCUGAGCUCCAAAUUUCGGGACUUGUCAUCAGAUAAUGCUGUGUGGAAGCAGAAGUUCCUCAGCGAGUUAAGAGAUGUGAAGGGAAUGCAAGGUGCAUUGGAUUGGAAAGACUCCUAUAAAACACAUUGCAAGUGGAAGAGGGACGGAAUCAGUUUAAAGAGGACGUGUGUACGAGUGGAGAGGUCAGCCCGAUACAGCAGGCGCCUUCACUUUCUGGUGAUACGGUGGGACCCAGUUCCGCGCAUAUCUAGACAAGAUUAUGAUUUGCUUCUGACGCUGUGGCGCCCAUUCUGGCAGUCCCGUGCCUCCCCGUCACCUUAA